GCCUCUGGGAGCUGCCUCCUUAAAAGGCCUUCCCUCUGCCGCUGACUAUGGAACCUAGAAGCACCAUGCCAACCCACGAACAAUUCCACCACUAGUACGCAUUAUCUUUUUAUAUAGUUACUUUCCUCUCUCUCUAUAAACAUAACGCUUUUUCUGGAGCCAUGUCGAGUUCACCUUCAGCAAUAAGAGUCGCCAUCAUAGGCGGUGGACUAGCUGGUGCCGCAGUUUUGCGCGGGCUCUUGAGAUAUCCACAUAUCGCCGUUGACAUGUAUGAAUCCCGGCCUACGUUUAGGGACGAGGGGCCGGGACUUUCUUUCACGACAAGAGCAUUGGAUAUUCUAGCUGCUAUCGACCCAGACCUGGAGUACUGUCUCGACCGCGCCGGUGCCGUUUUCAGCACUACUGAGACGCGAGUGGCUAGUGGUCCCGACGUUGGGCGAGAGAUAGACAUCAGCGGGCUUGGGUGGAAUUGCAACAAGAACGUCAGCCGCCAGGCUUUUUUAUCAGAGGUGCUCGGUUGCGUGCCGCCGCAUAUGAUGCAUCCUAGCACGCGGAUAUCAUCUGUUACAGAGCUGCCCUCGGGACAAGGGCUAUUGCUGACGUUUGCAGAUGGAGCUAAAAGGGAGUACGACAUUGUCAUUGGCGCAGAUGGUACUCACGGCUUUACGCGACAGCUUGUUCUGGGCAACGACGAGUAUCUAGUCAAGCCUUAUCCUACCGGGUUUUGGAGCUUGCCUAUCAAAGUACCUCUUCGGCGGGCACAGCAGCUUAUGGGCACGCAGUCUCUAGACACACGGAAACCCCGCCACAUGGGUUGGAUCGGAGACGGGACAGGUAUAAUAUAUGACCUGCUUGACAAUGGCACCGAAGUCCAGAUCAUUGUUUUCGGCAAGACCGGGGAUAUAAGGGAGGACGAUGGGCUGUCGGAAGCGUCGUGGGCGAAGCUCUUCACCCCGGACGAGUUCCGGGCGAUGUUCUCAAGCAACAGGGUGCAGGUAUGCCAGGGCGCGAUCGACCUUAUCCUGAGCGUGUAUACUGUGCAAGUAGCCGCGCUUUGCUUGCUCGAGCAUCGGCCAGCACCGACAUACGUGACCGACAACAUCUGCCUGAUCGGCGACUCGGCACAUAGCAUGCUGCCGUUCCCCGGCGCCAGCACAAGCGUUUCCGUCGAAGAGGCGUUGAUCCUGAGCACCCUUCUCGGCCGGCUCCCAUCGAAAGCCGCGAUCCCGGCUGCGCUCCGAGCCUUCGACCAGGUGUGCCGGCCCCGGGCCGAGGACGCCGCGCGAUUGAGCGUCGAGACGGGACUGCUCGUCACCGGGCGCGCGCCGGGCAUCGGGCUCAACGCGGACCUGCUCCAGCAGCACCUGAGGCACAAGUUCGACUUCCUCUUGAACGUCGACAUCGAGGCGAGCCGAAGCGCCGCUGUCAUGAUUAUGGACCAGCUGCUUGGGGUCGGAGGAUCAUGGCCUUGACGAAUGCUGGCUAGGUGAUUUUCCGUCGGGGCGGGGUGUUCCCACGGCACGUCUUCUGUCAUCUCUUCGCUUGUUUUCCAUAGAUCUAUUUCCUUCUCUUAGAUUAGGUAGAUGUUCGCCUUCAACCGUAGGGCGGCGAGGGGAUGUCGCUCUGUGUCUUAUGGUGCAUAGCGAUUGGCUGGGUAACGCGUAUUAGACUGGCUGCAUACACGCGGGAACGGGGUUUUACAGGGCGUGGAAUUGAUGUAUUAGAGGUUUCCAUAGAGGUUAAAUUGAAUUACUAGAUUAACG